CGUUGCAGCCUUCACGCCAGCACUUUAAAGAAUUCACACGUGCAGUUAUGUCUAAAGCAAAACAAAAGCGAGCGAAACGUCUGGGUUUUUGCGGCAAAAAGUCCAAAGAUGGACAGCAGUCUCAUGGAGGAAAGAAGGAUCCUGGCCUACCUAAUGUGCGCAGCUUCAAAGAGCACAGUCAGAGACAAGCUGAACUCCGGAAACAGAGGUUGGAGGAGCAGCAGGAGAGGCAGAGGUUGUCUAGAGAAAAGGAAUUGAUGAAAAGGAGAAGUCUGGAAAGUUUUCAGAAAGACAUUCAGUUGCGGCAAAAAGAGUUUGAACAGAGGGAAGUUCAAAUGCAAGACUUGGAAAAGCAUGUCAACUUUGAGAACGAGAACUCCAGAAAAGCGUACUGCAGGGAAUUUAAAAAGGUAAUAGAGGCAGCAGAUGUUAUUUUAGAGGUUCUGGAUGCCAGAGACCCCUUAGGCUGCCGCUGCCCACAGGUUGAACAGGCUGUCGUCCAAAGUGGAACCAACAAGAAAAUUGUCCUUGUUCUGAAUAAAAUUGAUUUGGUGUCCAAGGAAAUUGUGGAGAAAUGGAUUAAGUAUCUUCGUAAUGAGUUUCCUACUGUGGCUUUUAAAUCAUCCACUCAGCAGCAGAACAAAAAUUUGAAACGCAGUCGUGUGCCCGUGACCCAAGCUACUCAAGAACUGCUUGAGAGCAGUGCAUGUGUCGGUGCAGAUUGUUUAAUGAAACUAUUGGGAAACUAUUGCCGUAACCAAGAUAUAAAAACUGCCAUAACUGUAGGAGUGGUUGGUUUUCCGAAUGUGGGCAAAAGCAGUUUAAUUAACAGCUUGAAGCGUUCUCGGGCGUGUAAUGUUGGAGCUACACCUGGAGUUACUAAGUGUUUACAGGAGGUCCAUUUAGACAAACACAUCAAACUUUUAGAUUGCCCUGGUAUUGUCAUGGCAACCUCAACCAGUGAUGCUGCCAUGAUCCUCCGGAACUGUGUCAAGAUUGAACAGCUGGUGGACCCAGUUCCACCUGUUGAAGCCAUAUUGAGGCGCUGCAAUAAAGUGCAGAUUAUAGAUCAUUAUGGAAUUCCAGAUUUCCAGACGGCACAUGAGUUCCUGGCCUUACUUGCCCGUCGUCAAGGAAAGCUGAGGAAAGGAGGACUACCUGACACUGACAAAGCUGCCAAAAGUGUUCUUAUGGAUUGGACGGGGGGUCGUAUUAGCUACUUCACACAUCCUCCUGAAACGCACACACUGCCCACGCAUGUCAGUGCUGAGAUUGUAGCUGAGAUGGGAAAAGCGUUUGACUGGGAUGAACUAGAGAAGGGCAAUCUGGAGGCACUUGCUGAAUGUGGCACAUCUGAUGUACAGAUGGGUUUCUGUAUGGCUACAUCGGGAUUGACACAAGGAGGUCAAGGAGUAGAGCUAAUGGAGGACCCAUCAGAGGACCUUGAACCUCAAGACACGGCUGAAUCAAUGGAUGACGAUGAAGACCCAGAGUUUGGACCAAUGACUGUUGAGCUCAAAAAUCCCAAGUCAAAAAGCAGUAGUGCAACCGAAGCUGUAGGCCCAAAGCCAGUGGACCUAAAAGACAUCCUGGAUGUUGACCCGCUCCUGCAAGGUCAGGCUCUCCUGGCUGCCAACAAAAAGAGAAAGAAGCAGCAAAAGAGAGCUGAUAAACUGGGCACCAAACUUUCAGAUUCUCUUACGUCAGCUUUGAAUUUCUCCUUCUCUGACAGCUGAUUGUGAGCGUUAAAUCAAGAUGCUCAGAGGAGUUCAUUCUGCUUUUUGUGGUUGGAAAUACUAACUUGUGUAUUUAAAUUAGUUACAAUUUAAAAUAUGCAAAUAAAUAAUCUUCUCUCUGACAGAGAAAAAUGGCUCAA